AGGCAGCGCCCAGAGGCGGAAGAGGCAGGUUUUUAAGCUCCGGCCACGUGACGCGGGUGGGCGGGGCGUCAAAGUUCAUAUCCCAGUGUCCUUUGAAUCGACUUCCUUUUUUCUUUUUUCCGGCGUUCAAGAUGUCGAAGCGAGGACGUGGUGGGUCCUCUGGUGCGAAAUUCCGGAUUUCCUUGGGUCUUCCGGUAGGAGCUGUAAUCAAUUGUGCUGACAACACAGGAGCCAAAAACCUGUAUAUCAUCUCCGUGAAGGGCAUCAAGGGACGGCUGAACAGACUUCCCGCUGCUGGUGUGGGUGACAUGGUGAUGGCCACAGUCAAGAAAGGCAAACCAGAGCUCAGAAAAAAGGUACAUCCAGCAGUGGUCAUUCGACAACGAAAGUCAUACCGUAGAAAAGAUGGCGUGUUUCUUUACUUUGAAGAUAAUGCAGGGGUCAUAGUGAACAAUAAAGGCGAGAUGAAAGGUUCUGCCAUUACAGGACCAGUAGCAAAGGAGUGUGCAGACUUGUGGCCUCGGAUUGCAUCCAAUGCUGGCAGCAUUGCGUGAUUCUCCAGUAUAUUUGUAAAAAAAAUAAAAAAAAAAAACUGAACCCAUUAAAAAGUAUUUGUUUGCA